UAUUUGUCCGGCUGCCUGGUCCUGAGCUCAGACUUCAGACAGACAGCAGCUUCUGCUGGUCCAGUUAAAGGGCCAUACACCCGCUCCGUGUGUUUUCCUGGACGUCCUCCCAGCUGGACCCAGCUGUUCCUGAACAUUCAGCUCCAAUACCGCAGUCAUCAUGAGGUCUGCAGGCUCGUCCUGGGCUCUGCUCUGCUCCACCGCGCUGCUCCUGGUCCUGUUCACUUCUGCAUCCGAAGAGUUGCCAAGACGACAAUCAAUCCUGCAGCAAGAAGCAGACAUGACAGAAUUCGAUCCUAUGGAUAUGGACUUACUUCAGCGCCCGGUAGACAUGUUCGACAUCUUCCACGAAGGGUUUGGGCAAGAGUUGCCACGACCUCAGUCACCCAUGCAGCAAGAGGUGGACUUGACAGAUAUUCUCAGUCCAAACGGCGACUCCAGACCAGUCUUGACACCAAGAGGAAGUCGACCUGGUUUUAGUCCUCGUUCUUUCUUUCAGCCAAUACCUCCAAUACCGAGCUAUCCAGUUCAGUUUCCCCAUGGACGGCCAACGUCUGAAAACAUCCAAGCCGUCUGUCUCAAUGGAGACCAUCGGCCCCGCUACCCGCAGUCUUACUUUCCAUCCUCUGGAUUCAGCAAGCAAAGGCGGAAGGCCACUGCUGUCAAUAAUGCGGAGGCCUGGUUUAUUACGUGCUGCAAAGGGAACCAGACGUGGGCGACAGAUGCGCUGCUGUGUUGUGCAACUCAAGCAUGGGAGCUGUCAGUUGAUUUGUUCUGCGAGGAGGAUUCCAGCGUGAAAGAUAUUCAAUAUCAUUGCUGUGAAAAAAGAGGCCAUGAAAGACAGACGUGUUUUACCAAAGAUGCUCCAAACCCAAGCUACGAGCCAACAGAGGAACUUCCAGUGACACCACUUCCAUCCACCAACAACUUUGACUUUGAUCCCAGCACAUGUAUGAGAACUGUGAUGACUCAAUAUCGUGCCAGAACAAACAGAAGAAAAGUAGUAAAGAAACUAGCUGCUAACAAGAAAAUCGACAUCAACUUUCCUCUUGGACAACCCACAGAAGAUAACAUUGAACCACUGUGUCACAUGCAGAAGCUUCGGCCGCUCUAUAACACCAAGUGCGUGCCUCGUUCAGGCUAUGAACUACUGGCUCAUCAGGCAAAGAGUAUAAAUCGUUUGGAAAAGGGUUUGAAACAGUGCUGCAAAAAGAAGCAGGGUGUACUCAACUGUGCUGAACAGAAGUGGCGUGAGGAAAUAGACAAAUUCUGCUCGACUGUGAACGCUGGACAGAUGGAUUUCCAGUGUUGUUCAGGGGAUGUAACGCCUGAUCGCUACACCUGUUUCAAGUUAAAUUCUCCAGAUCCACACUACAACAUGACUUCUUUGGCCACUUCUGCCACAGAAGAGCUGUCUCUCACCAAAUUAUGUGACACUCACAAUAUUAUCAAGAAGAGAUUCCCCGUUGGCUUUCCUCUCAAGACCUUUGUGAGCCAAUGCUGCCCCCUACCUGAACAAGAGAAGGCCAGUUGUUCCAUGCAGCAGAUGCAGGAAAUUUCCCAGAAUGUCUGCUCGUCAAAGCAGAAAGCCCCUCCAGCUGUCCGCCGCUGCUGUAAGAUGGCUUCAAAAGAAGAGAUUCCACAGUGUUUCUCCAAAAUUGUCAGGGAUGCCAUCACUAAAGCAACCAAUGCCUCGCGCCAGAAGAAGAGGAAGAGAUGCCCUCUGUCCUAAAUCCUCUCAAUCUCUUGUUGGCACUGGACCAGAUAAGGAAACGUUCAUCUGUCUAGACAGAUGCCUUCCAGUCACUCAGAGUAUUCAAAAUGUUGACCAAAUUGUAGCUUCACCUUCUGUUAGUGUUAAUUCAAGUCACCUACGAUCACCUGAGAAUCAUUGUUACAUUUACAAUUAUGCGGUACGCUAGUUUUUAAAAACCUGAUUAUUAUCUGUGUCACCGUACCAUUAUUUUCAUUUUAGCGCUGCUCUUUUCAUAUUAGAUUUUAGAUAGUUUCUUUAAAAACAUUUGGAGUUACAAGAUCAGUUUCUGCCUCUUUAUAUUGUUUUGUGUCAAAGACUGUAUUUUAAACAGUUUUAAUAAAAGCAUUUUUAAACAGUCCAUUUGUUUAGUUUACUGUGGGACAUGGCACAUUCCAUGCAAGGCCUCUCGUGGUUCUGGGAAUAAACAUUUUAAAUUUAAGCUCA